AGUAGGGCUGGAAUCUCAGGAACACAAAGCAUCCAACUGUCAACAUCUUCAAGUACCACUGACUUCAGAUGCCUGUGCGCUCCCUCAUCUGCCAUCAACAAGGAGCCAAUGCGAGGGAAGACAAACAGACAGACGAAAAAUAGACAUGUAGAAAUAGACGGAUCAAAUGAAAAGAAAAGGUAAAUACUUCUGAAGAGGGCUGCACACCCUCACAGGAGCCGGUGAGAUAGAGAACAAGAUAUCCAGCAACAAGGAAAGAGGAAGGAGAUCGCUAACAAGGGAAUGACAGCCCCGGGAGCUACGCCGAGACAACGUCAACGACGCUCAGCUUGAACCGGCGAUGGGCCUCGCGUCCCUGUCCUGGUGCCUCGCUGCGGCUCUGGCUCUGUUUUGUGGCCCUCCGUGGCCCCAGGCCACCUCCGCCCCGGCGCCCGAGAACGAGGUGCCGCUCCGCCCCACGGCGUGGGUCCCAGAGGGAAAGAUCACCUCGGUCGUUCUCCCCAAAGGACGGACCCGCAGGCUGUACUUCACGCUGAAGAAGAAGGCUCCGGCCAUGUCGGUGAUGGUCAGCCCCUGUGACCUCCCCAUCGAAUGGAGCUUGGCGGCGCGCACCCUGAAGGACAAACCCCUCAAGAGCCUGCAGUGGAGCACCAAGAAGAGCACGCCUGAGGUGUGGUGGCGAGGUCCCGGGACUGAGGAGAAGAUGCACGGCUUCACGGGCCAUGCGGUCAACACCUACGAGGGUCCUUCCCAUCCCCGGGCUACCAUCUACAUCCUGAGGCUGCGCGCCAAGCAGCAGGCCACCAGAGCCACAGUGUACCUCCGUGAAGGCCGGGGCCCCUCGGGCGCCUUCCCCCUCCUCCCGGCCGACCCCCGGGUUCACACGCUAGGCGUGGGCAUGACCAGCGUCACCCUCAGCUGGGCGCCGAGCGCCUCCCUCGCCGGCCUCCCGCCCGCGCAGGAGAGCUACGACUACUGCGUCCUGGCCAACUCUCGGCGGAACUACCCGAGCCUCUGCGCCGCGGGCGCCGGCGCCGGAGCAAAGCUAGAGCAGAAACGGGAGGAGCGCAAGGAGGGCCGCAGGAGGGUGACGGCGUGGCCCAUUCUGAAAGAGUGGUGGUGGAAGCAGUGGGACCCCGAGGACCCGGAGCCCCGGAGUCCACCUCCCUCGCUCGCCGCCGCCGACGGCGGCCACAACCCUGGCCUCCGGUGUGCGUGUCGGGGGACGGAGAGCGUCUGCACCGUCUCGGAGCUCCUGCCCGACACGCGGUAUUACUUUGACGUCUUCGUGGUGGACAGGCUGAAUGGGACCAGCGCGGCGUACGGGGGGACGUUUGCCCGGACGCACGAGGAGGCCCGGGCGGCUGUCGGCGCUCUGAGAGAGGGGGAGCUGAGGUGGGUGACCCUCGGCGACGGGGGCCCCGACUCGCGGCAGGUCUUCAGUUUCCGGCCGCGGGGCUGGCAGCAGAGCGGCCUCCUCGCCCUGCAGCGCUGCGGCGGGGCCGGAAAGGUCACGGUCACGGUGUCCAGUAAAGGUGAGGUGUUGACCUCGCAGGCUGUCGGAGGAGAUUUAGUGCACAUUUGGCUCCAGGGAAGCCCGUCCUACCUCAUCCGCUUGGAGGGAGAAGGAAGCGGCGCCAACCCGGUCCUGCCGGGAGGUCUGGCGGCCUCGGUCAAGAUGCAGGCCUCCUCUGCGUACCACCGCAGGGAGGUGCCGUCGCUGCCCUCCACCUUGCAGGUAAAAUCCUUCAACCGGUUGCGGGGUUGCAACACCGUCACCCUGGCGUGGAUGGGCACAGAAGAAAGGAGUCUGUACUGCGUGUACCGCAGAACGCUGGGAGAGCGCGAAGCUGCGGCGGGGGGAGCAUCGGCGCUAACGGCGCCCUGUCUGGGACCGGAGUCCCGCCCCGACGCCGAGAGGGUGCUCUGCAAGUACUUCCAGGAGCUAAAUCCGCGGCGGGCCGUCACCACAGCUGUGAUCGGGGGCCUGGAGCCAGGGACGGCCUAUGUGUUUGAUGUCUACCUAAUGAGACGCUGGGGGAUCCCCGUCAUGUACGCCAGUAAGAUGGUGAAGACCAGAAGGGAGUGCUGAGAUGCCGCCCCCUACAGGACGUUUUUUACUUACCCGGUUUAGGGGAAAACGCAUCGGCCCGUGGACAUGCUCUGAAGUCUGACCAUGAGAAGGAAGCCGAUCGACUGUUGUGGAGAGAUACAACAUGGAAAUAUCCCCCCAGGAGGAGCGAUGGUUCUAUUCAAACUCCACCCGCACUGUGCAGGUGGAUAGAAAGCAUAAGGGAGGGAUCUGCAAACCAGCAGAAGCUCAAAACAUUUACAGUACAACUCUUGUGCGUUUGUCAUUUCGUUUUUCCUCGUUGAUCAUGGUUGUGAUGUGCCAGUUGUCCAAGUGCUUUUUUUUUUUUUGUUAGAGUACAAAGGAGAAAUGAGGUUUGUGAGGACAGAAAUGAAAUACAAAAACAACAACACAGACUGUGCCAAAUAUGCGACAGAAACAGAUGGGGCAAUAAUUGGAUAACAUCUGAGAACCGGGCACCGGGAGGGAUGGGGGUGGGGGGGUCCAUGCAGUGUAUAUCUCCAGUACUGCAUAUUGUACAGGCUUAUAAACACAGAUGGGUGCAAUCUACAGAUGCUUAGUUCAAAGUCAGUGUGUAUCUUUGUGUUCUGCAUUUGCAUGCAGCAGUGAAAAAUACUUAGUGACUUGCCUCAUUGUCUUUGAUGUGUUCUUGUGCUGCUUCAGACGCACCAAUAAAUACUAGGGUAUCUGUA